CCUGAGUUUGGUCUGCGGUGGCGUGGGUGCGGGAUGCAGGGGAUAGACAGGGGUGACAAACUGAAGUCAAAGAUGUAAAAAAGAAGCUUUGCAAGAUUAAAAAUUCUCGUCUUAUGAUUAAGAAAACAUGGCGAAUUUAAGUGUUCCUUGGGAAGGUCUCAAUUUGACUAUCGCGCUGACUCACCGGGCUGAAGUCCUGGAAAAUCCUCUUCAGACAUAUCUCCUGGGAAUCAUCAUCUCUAUUUGUGGGAACGUCCUCAUCAGCAUUUCACUCAACAUACAGAAAUAUGCCCAUGUCCGUCAAUCUCAGCGUGGCUCCAAGCCCUACUACACCUCUGUGCUGUGGUGGGGUGGUGUCCUUCUCAUGGGUGUUGGUGAAUUGGGGAAUUUUGCUGCCUACGGCUUUGCUCCAGCAUCCCUCAUAGCCCCACUGGGUUGCGUGUCUGUCAUAGCCAGCGCUCUCAUAUCUGUGAUUUUCCUGAAGGAGACAGUGUGCGUCUCUGACAUUGUAGGUGGAACACUGGCAAUAACUGGAACCUACGUCCUUGUGACAUUUGCCCCCCACACUUCAACUCACAUUACAGCCCAUCUCGUCCAGUUCUAUGCCAUCAGCUGGCACUUCCUGCUCUACCUUACAAUAGAGGUCAUCAUCUUUUGCAUCCUGCUCUUCCUGUACACAAAGAAGAAUAUGAAGCACAUUGUGGUUGUGAUGCUGCUGGUGGCGCUGCUUGCUUCUCUUACGGUCAUCUCAGUCAAGGCUGUGUCAGGAAUGAUCACGGAGUCCAUAAAAGGUCAUCUGCAAUUCAUCUAUCCCAUCUUCUAUGUCAUGCUUGUCAUCAUGGUGGCAUCCUGUGCUUUCCAAAUCAAAUUUCUUAAUCAGGCAAUGAAAAUGUUUGACGCCACAGAGGUCGUUCCCAUCAACUUUGUGUUUUUCACUGCAAGUGCCAUCGUUGCAGGGAUAAUCUUUUACCAGGAAUUUGAAGGCUUAGCAUUGUUGAAUAUUUUCAUGUUCAUUUUUGGCUGCCUUCUGUCUUUCCUUGGAGUUUUCCUGAUAGCCCGAAGCAGACCAAAAGUGAAGCAACAAGAUCGGAACUUUAUUUCAAUGGAUAUGGUCCCAGGGAGAAGACACAUGGACAAAGUGCAGCCUGAGGCUAACACUCAAACAUAUGGAUCGCUGGCAGCCAAGCUCAUGUGUAACAGAGCUGGCCAAACAGACGACUCUUAGGACCAGACCCAUCUGUGGAGACUUUGAGAAGUAUGUGAACACAUGCCUUUGACUGGGACAAAAGUGAGAGAAAAUGGGCAGUAUUGGCCACUUACACCGGAAACUAUUGUGUUCUCCUCCGUAGUGUUUUUUGUACCACUACUUAUCGGUCCUGCAACUGCUCGCAAGUGAUAAGGAGAUUUUGAGAAACAACUGUCAAAAUAAGAACUGAAUGGGAACUAACAUCAACUUGUCGAGCUGGAAUAAAUGGUCCAAUGUGUCAAUGUGUGAUGACUUGUACAUUAAAUAAAAAUGUACUCAGUCUGAAACAUUUAUCCGUGCACAUUUAAAUAAAAAAGCACUUCUGCCCCCUGAUGGUGAGGGAUGAAUGUAAAUCAUCGCACUUGUGGUUGAGGUGGAUUAGUUAAAAAGGAUCAGAACCACUAAACCCUCUGCAUGUGCAAUACUGUAUGUACAUCACACUUCACCUCUCAAAACCUCAGACCAGCAUCUAAACUUAGUGGUUGCCAAGCAACCAAACUUACCUACCACCCACACAUUAAGUAGCUCAAGAUUCAAUGUUAAAGUGCAAGUUCAGUGCCUGAUCUUAAACUGCCUGUGUUGUGUAAUUUGGCAUUUAGAAGCCAUAGCUUGGUGAAGGUGAUAGUAAUCACCUACUCUCUUCCAGUGUAGCUU